AUGAGCGAACACCAGCCUCUCCCACAGCGGGACCAGCGGCAGAGGCAGAGCGGCAUGGCCAGCAACGGCAGCACAGUGCCGGGCGGGGGCGCUCUCGGCCACCAAUCGCCGCCCACCCCCACCACCGCCGCCGCUGCCGCCAGGCAGCGGGGGCAAGGGCUCGGCGCCGGCGAGAGGCAGAAGCUGAUCCCGGCCAGAGCCGAGGAGGCGAGAGGCUGCGCCCCGCCGGCGGCGCAGGACGGGCGCCCCGCCGAACACGAAAGCUACCAAACCGGCGGGCUCUCUUGCUCCAACGACGCCGAGUCUGUGUGCAGCAGCAGCAGCAGCUGCAGUUUUCGCAACGGGGGCAUCACUCCCACCUGCAGAAUCUGCUUCCAAGGCUCAGAGCAGGGUGAAUUGCUGAGUCCUUGUCGAUGUGAUGGUUCCGUCCGCUACUCUCACCAACCAUGCCUUUUGAAGUGGAUUAGUGAAAGAGGGUCGUGGAGCUGUGAGAUUUGCUGUUACAGAUACCAUGUUGUGGCAAUACGAAUGAAAAGACCAUGUCAGUGGGAACCUAUCACAGUGACCUUGGUUGAGAAGGUUCAAAUAAUAGCAGUGAUCCUUGGUUGCCUUUUUCUGAUAGCAAGUGUGACCUGGCUCUUGUGGUCAGCCUUCAGUCCUGCUGCAAUUUGGCAGCGAAGAGACGUCUUAUUUCAGAUCUGCUAUGGAAUGUAUGGCUUUAUGGACCUUGUUUGCAUAGGUCUAAUUGUUCACGAAGGAGCAGCAAUAUAUCGAGUAUUUAAACGCUGGAGAGCUGUAAAUCUACACUGGACUGUUUUAAAUUAUGACAAAUCAAAGGAUUUAGAAAUUAACAGCAGCAAUGCUGAAAGUUCUACCAAUCAGAACUUUUGGGCGUCUCUGAAUCAAUUCAGAACACAAAGGCCGGUUGGUUCUACUCAGCUAAUGCUUGAAGGAUUUCACUGCAGCUACACAUUGUUACAUUUACUGACACGAUUCAGGCCAAAUGAUGAGGACUAUGAUGACAACAGUUCUGCAGAGGUGGUGAUGAGGGUAACAACAGUAUGAGAAUUGACGCCUCAUAGCCCUACAAUUAGGGAAUGUUUGUUCCUUGUUCCAUUUGUGCUAUAAGAUCAAAGAAGUAUAGAGGGUAAAUAAAUGUAAUAUAU